UGGCGGCGGCGAUAGCGGCGAGAGCAACGGAGCCCAUUCAUGAUCCAGCGAACGGCGCCGGUGGCGAGUAAAGCGGAACCGGUGCCCCGCAAAGCGGCGCCGGUCCCGCCGUCAUGGAGACAUCGGGGCAUCUCCACGAUUCGGGCGUGGGGGACUUGGAGGAGGAUGGUCGGUGUCCCUGCCCGUUACCGGGGGAUGAACGGUCACCGCCGCCGCCCUCCGCGCUGCCGCCGCUCCAGCACAGCCUGUUGCACUCCUCGCCCGGGUCGCUACGGGCCCCUCCUCCUCCUCCCGCCGCCCCCGCCGCCCUCCACCCUUCCUCCCGCCACGGCAGCCAGCUCAACCUCGGCGACCACCCCGCGGGCUCCGGGGUGCCGAGCGGCAAGCACCGGCAGCCCAGCCCUCUGGUUCACCGGCGGGACAGCAACCCCUUCACCGAGAUCGCCAUGAGCUCCUGCAAGUACAGCGGCGGCGUGAUGAAGCCCCUCAGCCGGCUCAGCGCAUCCCGACGGAAUCUCAUCGAGGCCGAGCCGGAGGCGCAGCCCCUGCAGCUCUUCGGUGCCGGCGAACCCCCCGAAAUUGUCGUCUCACGAGAGGACAACCAUGCGCCCACCGCCCACCGUCCCAGCCGCCCGCCCGCCCGGCCGGCCCCCAGCACCUUUGCCAAGGGGCCCAAGCGCAAGGCACAGAACAUUGGGUACCGCCUUGGGCACCGCCGGGCACUGUUCGAGAAGAGGAAGCGCCUCAGUGACUACGCGCUCAUCUUCGGCAUGUUUGGCAUUGUCGUCAUGGUCAUUGAGACCGAGCUCUCCUGGGGGCUCUACUCCAAGGACUCCAUGUUCUCCCUGGCCCUGAAAUGCCUUAUAAGCCUCUCCACCGUCAUCCUGCUGGGCCUCAUCAUCGCCUACCACACCCGGGAGGUGCAGCUCUUUGUGAUCGACAACGGAGCUGACGACUGGCGGAUAGCGAUGACAUAUGAGCGCAUCCUCUACAUCAGCCUGGAGAUGCUGGUCUGUGCCAUCCACCCCAUCCCCGGGGAGUACAAAUUUUUCUGGACAGCUCGCCUGGCCUUCUCCUACACCCCAUCCCGGGCAGAGGCUGAUGUGGACAUCAUUCUGUCCAUCCCCAUGUUCCUGCGCCUCUACCUGAUCGCCCGGGUGAUGCUGCUGCACAGCAAGCUCUUCACCGACGCCUCCUCGCGCAGCAUUGGGGCGCUCAACAAGAUCAACUUCAACACCCGCUUUGUCAUGAAGACUCUCAUGACCAUCUGCCCUGGGACAGUGCUGCUGGUCUUCAGCAUUUCCCUCUGGAUCAUCGCUGCGUGGACAGUCCGUGUGUGUGAGAGGUACCACGACCAGCAGGAUGUAACCAGCAACUUCCUGGGUGCUAUGUGGCUCAUCUCCAUCACCUUCCUCUCCAUAGGCUACGGGGACAUGGUCCCACACACCUACUGUGGCAAGGGAGUCUGCCUGCUCACUGGCAUCAUGGGUGCUGGAUGCACAGCACUGGUGGUGGCUGUGGUGGCCAGGAAGCUGGAGCUCACCAAAGCUGAGAAGCACGUCCACAACUUCAUGAUGGACACACAGCUGACCAAGAGGAUCAAGAACGCUGCAGCCAACGUCCUGAGGGAAACAUGGCUGAUCUACAAACACACCAAGCUGCUGAAGAAGAUCGACCAUGCUAAAGUCAGGAAGCACCAGAGGAAGUUCCUACAAGCCAUCCACCAGUUACGGAGUGUGAAGAUGGAGCAGAGGAAGCUGAGUGACCAAGCCAACACCCUUGUCGACCUCUCAAAGAUGCAGAACGUGAUGUACGACCUCAUCACAGAGCUAAACGACCGCAGCGAGGACCUGGAGAAGCAGAUCAGCGGCCUGGAAUCCAAGCUGGAGCAGCUCAGUGCCAGCUUCAACUCCCUGCCCCUGCUGAUGGCUGACAUGCUGCGGCAGCAGCAGCAGCGCCUGCUCAGCGCCGUGCUGGAGGCCAGAGGGGUUGCUGUGCCCGUGGGCACCCCCCAGACACCCCUCUCUGAGAGCCCCAUUGGGGUCAGCUCCACCUCCUUCCCCACCCCUUACACGAGCUCGAGCAGCUGCUAAAACACAGCCCCUGAGCCCUGCUGUGGACAGGGGAAGCGUUUCCACACGGACCGUGAGGUCUCUGUGAACUUUCCUCUGGCCCUUGAGCCGCUGCAGGAGCCUUCAGCUGGAGCCAGUAGUGGGACCAGCAGCGUCCGAGCGCCGCUCGGAGCUUUGCCAACGCCUUGGUUUGGGGAAUUGCAUCCCUCUUCAGGUGCCUCUACACGUGGUGAAGGAAGGGGACGGAAGGUGAUGCCUUGGGCCAGCCUGUGCCGCGGCGUCCGGUGGCAGACGGGAAAAACCCACGCUCAAUCUCAGGUCUUCACAUUUGAAAACAAAACAAAACAAAACAAACAAAACAAACAAAACAAACAAAACACCGAGUCAGAAGCACUGAAGCAACGGAGACACCGGAGGGAGAGGUUUUUUCUCCCUGGGCCCCCUGCUCCUCUCAAGAUUGCCAAACCUCGCCAGGCAGGUGCCAGCGUGGGGAGGUUGGUGAUGCAGGCUCUGGCUGACGCUGCCCAUGCUCCAUUCCAUCUCCUAGCCACAGGACAGCCCCCUCACGCUGACAGCUGGGUGACAAUGAUUGACUGUGACCUUCCUGUGGAGUUCUCUGGAGCUGUGAGUGUUUUCUACCCAGAGAAGAACAAUGGACACUUCUUCUUUCUGGUCCUCAGUGUCAUAUUCUGCCUGGAGACAAUGCCAGAGCCAGGAAAGCAGUGCCUACAGCGUGCAGGGCCACGCAGGGCUGUCCCCAGCCCACAUGUUGGUGGCCAGGGAUGGGGCUGGCAGGCCAGCUCGGGCACUGAGGGGGUCUCCAGGUACUCACAUCACUGCCUGCUGGGAGCCUCCCAGCAUCUUGCAAAGCCAGUGGGCUCUUUGCAGCAGCCUCAGAAGUGCUGGAUGAACACCCCAUCAGCUCCAAGUGUCUCCACUCGUGCUGGGAACAUCCAUGCUUGAGCCCAGCUGGCAAUGUCCAAUCCACCAGGAUCAAGCAGGAGCUCGCUGGCAAGUGAUGUGGUAGCAGGGGCAGGUGCUUCAUCUGUUUAAAACAAAGCCCGUGGCCUUCAUGCCACUUCUGCUGGGUUUGGUGGAUGGCAGCAGCACUCUCUGGCACCGUCUGGCAGAGGCACUGCUGCCCAUGCCUGCCAAAGUGCAGCACUUCAGACCCCAUUUUACUUUUUUUUGCUGGUGUUCAGCUUCCUGAGGUACCCUUGGCAUUACCUGGCUGCUUCUGGAACCAGCCACUUUCUGGUUUGCUUUCACCAUUUCUCCCUUUCUCCUCCUCAGUUCUGCCCCAGUGUCACGUUCUGGCUUUCCUGGAUCCUUGCAUGGAGCCAUGCCAGGCUCUGACUUUGGGGUUGCUGUUUGCUGCUUUCCAUGAAAACUCAGCAGAGAAUAUUUCUAUAUUUUUUAAACAGAUGAAGUAACCAUGUAAUGACUCUGCAAUAUUAAUUACGCCUCACCCAGCAGUGUCAGUAAUUGUAAUCAGUCACUGUGUUACUCCAGGUAUACUCAGCCUGUAAUGCUCUCCUUUGUAACUUCUUCCCUUCCAUAAAUAAUGCUGGAUUUUGUGCACACCUAGGGGUAGAGACCCACCACCCUCCUGCAGCACCACCCCAACACCCCCAAUGCUGAAGCAUUUCCUUGCUGCCAGUGGUGAGAGGUGGUUCCACUCCCUGUGCCCUGCAGCUGGAGUCACAUAGAAAAUAAGCAGUAACUAGUGAGGAGUGCUGCCCCCAUGCUGGCCCUAGGAGGAGGAGGAGGAGGAGGAAGGCUGCAAAAUGGGAUCCCUGUGCUCCAGAGGUGUUGGGAGCAGGGAACAAACGCACUCACCCCUGUUGCCUUCACGUGCCCAUUGCUGCUGGUCCUUGGCCAGUGGGAGAUCCCUGGCUUUGGGGAAGAGCUGCUCCUCCAAGCUUUUGUAAUUGGUAUAAUUAAUAUCCCAUGGAUGGCUGGGGAUUCACUGCUGCCUUGGAAUCCCCCCAUGAUCUGUUCUCAGCCCUGUGUGCCUGUGGGUGCCCCCCAUCCAUCUUGCCCAGCAGAAGCUCCUACUGAUCUCUCUCAGGAGGUUCCCAGCAUAGCAAUGUUAGAAAUUCUGAGAAAGAGCUUGAAAUGCAGCAUUUUCCCUGGCCUGCAGGCAGCUGGUGGAGAAAAAUGCUUUCUGGGCUUCAGGAUAGGAGCAAACUGCCCCUGGGAUGGUGCUGUGCAUGGGAUGAGGUGUGGAGAUGUGUGCUGGGGCAGCAGACAGCCAGAGGAAGUAUUGAUCCUUAAAGAUCAAUAUUGCCAGCAGGAACCAGGAACCUCCCUGCCAGGCACAAUCGAGUCUGGGAAAUCCAUCCAACCCAGGGAGACAAGAGCAGGAGCUGCCAGCUGCAGGCCCAAGGUGCUCAGGACCAGAGUGAGAGUGUUGGGAUUGCAGCUGGAGCAGGAGCCCCUUGCUCUGGGGCAGAGCAGCUGCUGCUGCAGUGGGAUUUUGGCAGGGCUGGGGCACUGGAUCCCUGUGCACCCCACAACCUUCCUCCCCUGGCCUCAUCUCAGCACAACCUGCAGGGCAACCACCCCUCUGCCUGUGACCUGGGGUCUGCACUGUGUGCCCUGCACCUUACACCCUGCAAACUCCAUAUCCCACCCCUUCAUCCCCCAUUCCACACCCCUGAAUGCCCAAAGCCCAUAUUCCACCCCUGCACCCCCCAUUCCACACCCCUGAAUGCCCAUCCCAACCCCCAAAUCCCACAUCCCACCCCUUCAUCCCCCAUUCCAAACAUCUGAAUGCCCAAAUCCCAUAUCCCAUCCCUUCAUCCCCCAUUCCACACCCCUGAAUGCCCAAAUCCCAUAUCCCACCCCUGCACCCCCCAUUCCACACCCCUGAAUGCCCAUCCUAACCCCCAAAUCCCACAUCCCACCCCUUCACCCACUCCAUGCCACUUUUAGCAGUAGCCCUGACCCAUUGCUCCCAGCACCAGACUCCACCAUGGCCAGCACUGAGACCAACCCCCCUCCAGCCCUGCUGCCAGGAGCCCAGAGCCCACCUGAGGCCACACGGGGGGCAGGAAGGGUGAGGAGCCCCAGGGCAUGGCAGCCCAGCCCGCCGUGCCCACCCUGAUGGCAGCUCCUGCUCACCAGCAGCCUUGGCUGGCACAGCCCUGGUGAAGAGCUCCAGGAAAUGCUCCCCAGCCAGCCCAGCCCAGCCCACACACCUGAGAUGAUCACUUUGGGUACCCUAAGGGACAUCAGGACGGAGAGAAGAGAUCAGCAGCCAAGGUGGAAGAACAGCACAAGAGGAAAAUCGCAGAGAUGCCGACCUCCUGCAAGCUGGGAAUCGUCUGAUCCCACAGCCCAGUGGGGCCAAUGCCCCUCCAGGACCCACCUGAUCCAGCCAGUCCCAUUUUUGGCACAGCCUUGGGGGCUUUUUCUGCUCCACGAGUCUCCUUCCUGCUCUGCCUGCAAGGAACUAUCCUAGAAAUACCAGAAAAAUUCCACAAUCUCUCUGCAAACUCAUGGAUGUUUCUGUCCAGACUUAAGGAGCUUUGACCUGGGUUUGCAUCUUGCCUCUGUACUGCUCGCUUCUUUUUUUAAUGAUAGGGGAAAGUAUAAUAGUUUAUUUUAACUAUGAAAUAUAUUGCUAUAUUAUGAUGGUUAUGGUAACUUUCAAUUAUGGUUUUGUACCCAACACGGUUGUUAGCAGGCAGCAACGCCAGGCUGCUGCCAAAAAUGUCUGUUUCUGAGUACAGCUACUACUGCCAGUGAGGAUGGGGGACAGGGAGAGGUGCAGAACCUGAGUUGUUAUCCUUUAUCACCCUUGUACUCAUUUCCAGUGCUUGGAAGCUGACCUCUAGCAGGUCUGGAUCUGAUCUGUGUGCAGCCCAAUGGCACCAGAGCUUUGCUUCUCCCUACAGAAAGGUCAGGGUUUUUCCCUUUGUUCCCAGGUUCUGGAAAGCCAUUUUGCCCCAGGCUGUCUCCUCCAGCAGCAGGAGGGACUCUGCUCCUUGGGCACAAGCUCUGCAAGAGUCAAAAUUUCCCUUUUCCUCCAGGCUUUGUUUCCUUUUUCCUUUGUGGCUCUUGAGAAAGCAGUGCUGCAGAGCACAUUUUCAUUGAAUUAUGGAAUGGUUAAGGUUGGAAAAGUCCUCUAAGAACAUCAAGUCCAGCUGUUAACCCAGCAGCACCACCAAGCCCACGUGCCUGAGUGCCACACACACAAAUCUUCUAAAUUCCUCCAGAGAUGGGCACUCCACUGCUGCCCUGGGCAGCCUGGCCACACUUACACACCAGUAAUUUUCCCAAUAUCCAACUUAAACCUCCUCUGGCACAACUUUCAGGCAUUUUCUCUUGUCCUUUCACUUGUAACUCGGGAGAAGAGACUGGGACAUGUCCAGUUCACAUUUCACACCCUGCCCUGGGAGCUGCAGCUUUUGCUCAAGCUCAGGGUAUGAUGGCAUAGGAGGGCAAAACCCUGAGCAUGAAAGAGAAGUGAGAUAAGGUUGCAGGGAUUGUUUUGCCUCAGCCUUCCAGCUGGGAACAGGCUGCCCAGAGUUGUGUCUGCCCCAUCUCUGGAAGUGUUCAAGGCCAGGUUAGGUGGGGCUUGGAGCAACCUGGCCUAGUGGAAAAUGUCUCAGCCCAUGGCAUGGGGAAUGAGAUGAGCUUGAAGUCCCCUCCAAUCCAAACUGUUCUGUGAUUCCAUGAUUCUGUGAUUCCAUGGACUCCUUGAGCCUCAGAGAGCAUCACUUCCUUACCUCCAGCCCCUCCUGAGCUGCUGGACCUGAUCCCUGCUGGAUCAAAAGUCUUAAACUGCUCUUUGGCAACCACACUUUGUCCUGGCCAGUCUCCACAGAGCACGACAUGUCAGGGAAUGAGCAGCACCUGUGGAACAAAUUCCUGCUGCUUUUGUCCAGAGAAAGUCCAGAAGUCCCUGCACUUCUCAGAGCUGCAGUCACUGCCAUGCUGCCACUGUAGAGCUGUGCUGGUCUCACCAUUCCAGGCCAGUCCAUCCCAGCAGAGCCCCAGCAGCAAUGAGCUGCCAUGAGGUCUGGAUGCUCCUUGCUGGACCCCAGACCUGAAAUCUCCCUGCAGAAACCAGCUCUGAUGGAGGAAAGAGGUUGGUUCUUCUUCUCAGAGGCCAGGGCUGAGCCUCUGCUGCUGCCAGGGGACUCCUGGUCCUCUCCCUUGGGCUUCUCCUGCCCAGCACCUCCCAGGCAGCCCAGAGCCCUGUGCCUUGGCCACCAGGUAUGUUUGCUGGGGGGCAAUGGUGGUGAUUGCUCAGCAGUUUGGGGAGAUUCUGCUGCCAGGCUCUGCUCUGAGCUUCUUCUCACCUAACUCCAAGCGCCCUCCUAAAAGGUAUCCAAAGGGUCCAAGGUUGUAGAGAGGGGAUUUUGCAGGAGAGAGAAAAAGCUUCCAAAGCUUUUUCUCCAUGGCAUUAGUUAUUUCCCUAUGGGAUGAGCCACCUCAGAGCCCCACAAGGCACCAGGCAGGGCUCCAGAACCACCUGCCCAAGUGGGUGCUCUUGGCUGGGGGCCCUGGUGCUCAGAGCACGCAGCUCUGCUCCUUCUUCCACCCAAAGUGUUCUUCCCCCCACUGGGGUCUCAGCACUGCCCAUGCACCUUCCAGUGGGAGCUGCUUGCAUGUUCUCUGUGGUCAGGAUCCAGUCCUGGGCUUUACCUUCCUCCCUCAGGGCCGGUCUCUCAGCUGGAGGACAGGAGUGGGGGCUGGCCCGUGUGACAACAGCCCAUCCCCACAGCAUUGCCAUAAACCCGAGCUGUACCCAGAAACAGGCAUGUUUUAAACUAUGGCUUUAACCUGUUCACUGUAAAAAGUGCCUUGGACUUUAAUCUGAAGAGGUCACUAUCUAGAAGUAUUUACCUGUGCGGGUGUGUAAGGAUGCAGCUCUGUGUGCAGAGUUACACACACAAAUAUAUGAUCUAUACGUACAGCCA